UGCGUGCCGCUGGGCGAGUCUCCUCCGCGUCUGUCUCCGUAGUUGCUUUUUUUUCAGAGAAAAGGAGAAGAGAAUUAGCUCUGGGAGAAGGGCCGUCGCCAUUAUUGGGAAGCUGGAAAAAAAACACUUUCACACACGCCAUCUCUUGUUAAAAUGAUAAGGACGUUACCAAUUUGUUGCAUUAGGGCUGUUUAGAAGAAACAUUGUACAGGAAGUGCAGCAAACUGGACCGGUGUCCCGUGCAUGAUCGAUCCAGUAUGAUGUUGCCACAACAAUGGGCAUAAUAAUUCGCCAAACGCAACGUGGUGAAGCAAGGAGAAGACGGCGAAACAAGCUUUUAUACGCCUUUCAUUUUUAACAAGGAGAGAAAAAGAUUUUUUUUUUACCUUUGUAGUUUUAUUAGCACAAAAAAUACACAGAUCAAUGGAUUAGAAAACCAUCGAGAUGUAGAUUCACAAUUAAUAUGUAAGCAAACAAUAAUAACCUACUUAGUUCUGUCUGGGAAUCAGAAGAGCCACGUUAUUUUUGUUUCUUAUGUACAUGCAUAUCAUGCGGACAGGGCUGCUGCGGCAAGCGCUGGCCUGACGGAUGCAGGGAGAAUGCGAUGGGUCAUAGCUACAUUAGGAAUGACUGAGAGAAGCCUCUGUCUUUGCUACACCCCUGCACUGUUGUUGAUAGAACAUGUAGCACACUAGAGGAAACGGCAACUAAACAUCAUCCCCAGUGCCACUUUAUGGACACACGUCCAAGUGUACUCUCUGAUCGAGUGCCUGAUUAUGGCAGGAUGAGUGUCAGUUGAUGAUAAUGAUGGCGAAAAAGCAAGAUGUUAAGUCACCCACAUACAACCUUAUUGUGGUGGGUUUGUCAGGAACUGAGAAAGAGAAGGGCCAGUGUGGAGUGGGUAAGUCCUGUCUGUGCAACCGCUUUGUGCGCCCCAGCGCCGAUGACUUCUAUCUGGACCACACGUCAGUGCUGAGCACCAGUGACUUUGGGGGUAGAGUGGUUAACAAUGACCAUUUCCUGUUCUGGGGGGAGGUGGGGCGGGUGGUGGAGGAGGGGCCGGAGUGCAGGAUGCAUGUGGUGGAGCAGACAGAGUUCAUUGAUGACCAGACGUUCCAGCCACACCGCAGCACUGCCAUGCAGCCCUACAUCAAGAGGGCGGCCUCCACCAAGCUGGCCUCUGCAGAGAAGCUGAUGUACUUCUGCACGGACCAGCUGGGGCUGGAGCAGGACUUUGAGCAGAAGCAGAUGCCCGAGGGCAAGAUACAGGCUGACGGGUUCGUGCUCUGUAUGGACGUCAGUAGGGGGAUGAACCGCAACUUUGACGACCAGUUGAAGUUUGUCACAAACCUUUACGGUCAUCUGAGCAAAACAAAGAAGCCCAUUGUGCUGGUCUUAACCAAGUGUGAUGAGGGGGUUGAACGCUACAUCAAAGAUUCUCACACCUUUGCCAUCACUAAAAAGAGUCUUCCAGUAGUGGAGACAUCUGCACGCUCUAACAUCAAUGUUGACCUAGCCUUCCUUACUUUGGUGCAACUCAUUGAUAAGAGCAGGGGCAAGCCCAAGAUCAUUCCUUACUUUGAGGCCCUCAAGCUUCAGAGUCAGCAGAUAGCCUUGGCUAAAGACCGAUACGAAUGGUUAGUCAACCGCAUAGUGAAGAACCACAACGAGACCUGGCUUAACACCAGCAGACGCAUGCACACCUCUUCAGAGUUCAAUGAAUACGUCUUUCUGGAGGGUACAGCAAAAUGCAAGAAGCUCUUCCAGCAGCUUGUGUACCGUCUGAAACAGGAGCACAUUGAGAGACGUCGGAAAAUCUAUCUGAGCACUCUUCCUCUAGCACUUAGCUCCCUGGUGCCUGACCUGGAUGAGAUCGACCAGCUGAGCUGGUCUGGGGUUCAGAAGGUCCUGGAGUCCAAGCAGCACUUUGCCCACUGGUUUGUAGUUCUGGAGGACUCUCCAUGGGAGGACACGUCUCACAUAGACAACAUGGAGGAUGAGCGUAUCCCCUCAGACCUGCUGGAAACGUUACCAGCCGAGGACAUUUUCGACGCCCACCUGGAGCACCUGAGGAAUGAGUGCAAGCGGGCUGAGAUGAGGCAGGAGUUCAAGCACAAGUUGGCCUGUUCUCCCUUUGUCACGCCUGGCAAGCCCUGGGAAGAGGCCCGCAGCUUCAUCAUGAAUGAAGACUUCUACCAAUGGUUGGAGGAAUCAGAGUACCUGGACCUCUACAACCGCCACCAGAAAGAGAUCAUCGGCCACGCUAAAGAGGACUUCCAGGAGCUUCUGCUGGAGUAUUCCGAGCUCUUCUAUGAGCUGGAGGUGGACGCAAAGCCCAGCAAGGAGAAGAUGGGGGCCAUCCAGGAGGUUUUAGGGGAGGAGCAGCGGUUCAAAGCCCUGCAGAAGCUUCCAGCUGAGAGAGAUGCUCUGGUAUUGAAGCAUAUUCACUUUGUCUACCACCCCACCAAGGAGACCUGUCCCAGCAGCCCACAGUGUGGAGACUUCAGGAUAGAGCAGCUCCUGGCCUCACGCUUCCCAACAUGCUACCCAUUCUUCAACGUGAAGUCUUAUUUUGGGGAUAUUAAAGCGGACCGCAUCAACCUUGUGAUAUUGGGCAAAGACGGACUGGCUAGGGAGUUUGCCAAUGAGAUCAGAGCUCUCUGUACCAAUGACGACCGGUAUGUGUUGGAUGGGAAGAUGUAUGAGCUCACCCUGCGACCUAUCGAGGGCAAUGUACGACUUCCUGUUAACUCCUUCCACACUCCCACCUUCACACCCCAUGGGUGCCUGUGUCUGUACAACUCAAAAGAGUCCCUAACCUACGUCGUAGAAAGCAUUGAAAGGUUGCGGGAGUCAACAAUCGGUAGAAGGGACAGCCAUAUAGCUCAGCUUUUAACAUCUCUGCUCUUGGUUACUAAAAGGGGUGUAGGGACCUAUGCAGAUAUUGGGGGAGAAACUGCAUUAGGUCUGAUAACACAGGGACAACAGGUAGCAAGGAGAUUGCAGUGUAGCUUCCUCGACCCAGCUUCACCUGGUGUGGGCUAUGGGCACAAUGUGAAUGAGAGUCAGAUCAACCAAGUAUUGAGAGGUCUUCUGGACUCUAGAAGGAGCUCAUCUUUCAGUAGCUGCUCCCCACCUCUGCCCCCUCAAACUCCAGGUCCCAGAGACUCUCCUCACCAGCCCAGCCCAGAGGCAGACAUCCGCAUCGUCAUGUGCUUGAUGUGUGGAGACAACUAUGAUGUGGAACAGCUCCUCUCUCCCUUCCUACUGCCUCAGCACUGCAGGCCAACAUCCAACAGUGGCACCUCGGUGAUACUGGAGCAGACAGUGGGACCUCACAAACAGGUGAUUGAGCUCUCUCUCCUUUCCUACCACGCCUCCUUCUCCCUGAGGAAGAGCAGAUUAGUGCAUGGCUACAUCGCUGUGUACUCAGCCCGCCGCAAGGCCUCUCUGGAGACCCUGUGUGCCUUCCUAUGUGAGGUCCAGGACAUCAUUCCUGUUCAGCUGCUGGCUGUGGGGGAGAGCCAGGUGGAGCUCACAGAAAGUGAGUCUGCCAGAGAGCAGCUGGUCCAGGGAGAGGAGCUGGCCCAAGAGAUAGAGGGCAGGUUCAACAGUGUAGUGUGUGGGUCAGGAGGGGUGGUGGGUGGCCUGCACAGGAUGGAGAUGUUUCAUCCCUUCCUGAUGGAGGUGGUGGAGAAACGCAACAUCGUGGAGGCCACUCACAUGUAUGAUAACGUGGCUGAGGCCUGCAUUAACGAGACUGCCUACUCCCCUCGCUGUAGCUCACCCAGCACUGGCACUAUGUUCCUAGACUCUGACAUGGAUGACGUGGAGCCCUCCCCACCUUACUACGACGGCACACUCACCUCCCAUGGUGGGAGCCUCAACCUGCCUGACCUGGACUCCAGCGAUGUCUCUGUCAUCUCUGACAUCAGCUCCUUUGAGAGCAAGCUCAAUAGCAAAGCCCCGCCCCAGGUGAGACCCAAGCCCUCUGUGACCUUUGACUUCCGGAAGGUGGGCAGAAACCCCUACAACACAGACACCAUGGGUCACCGUCGCUCCCUGCCCUCCGCUGUGACAUGGGUGCCAGGUGGGGACGGAGGUUACGACCCCUCGGACUAUGCAGAGCCCAUGGAUGCUGUGUCCAAGCCCCGGCCCAGCAACGAGGAGAUCAUCUACUCUGUGCCCCAUGACAGCACGCAGGGCAAGAUUAUUACCAUCCGCAAUGCCAAUCGGAUGCACGCCAACGGGAACGGCUCAGACAGUGAGGCGGACAGCAGCUCCCUGGAGCGCCGCAGGAAGUUCUCGGCGGCGGGGGUAAAGCCACGGCUCUACCGCGACCGCUCUAAACGCCUGGGCAAGUUCAGCAGCUUCCGCACCAGCUUCAUUGGCAGCGAAGAUGAGAUGGGGGCUCUGCCAAAAACCAAGGAGGAUGAUUUCGGAACCCUGAAAGGAGACAUCAUCAAUGAGGAGGGAGAGGACCCCAAGAAGAGGAACAUUCUGAAGAGCCUGCGGCGAACUGCCAAGAAAACCAGACCAAAGCCUCGGUCCUCUAUUCCCAAGCCCCUGGAGAGCAGCUACUUCGGGGUGCCCCUGGUCAACGUGGUGUCCCCAGACAGACCUAUCCCACUCUUCAUUGACAAGUGUGUUCGCUUUAUUGAGACUACAGGUCUCAACACAGAGGGGCUCUACAGGGUGAGCGGGAACAAGUGUGAGAUGGAGAGUAUGCAGAGGCAGUUUGACCAGGACCAUGGGCUGGACCUGGUGGAGAAGGACUUUGCCAUCAACACGGUGGCUGGGGCUCUGAAGGCCUUUUUCUCUGAGCUGCCAGAGCCCCUGGUGCCCUGCAUCCUGCAGGUGGAGCUGCUUGAGGCCUUCAAGAUCAACGACAGGGAACAGAGGCUGUACACCAUGAAGGAUGUACUGAGGAGGUUCCCCAGAGAGAACUAUGACGUCUUCAGAUUUGUCAUGAGCCACUUACACAAGGUGAGCCAGCUGAGCAGACAGAACCUGAUGACCAGUGAGAAUCUGUCCAUCUGUUUCUGGCCCACUCUGAUGCGGCCAGACUUCACCACCAUGGACGCCCUGACGGCCACGCGGACCUACCAGACAAUCAUUGAGACCUUCAUCCACCAGUGUGCUUUCUUCUUCUACAACCAGCCCCUCCUGGACUCCCCCACUGGCCUGGCUGGCCUCCGUGCCUCCCCCACCACCACCCUCACCGGGGGCUCUGCCUAUUCCUGCUACCACUCCUCCCCUCCCUCCACCGCCACGCACUUCAGCCCCCUGCAGCAGUCACCCCCCACCACCCCCCAGUCUCCCCUGCAGUCCCUCCUGACACCCCUCCACCAACACCCCCACCAUACCCCCACCGAGCAAGAGACACUGUGAGAGACACUGAGAAGGGAACAGAUGCUGCACCCCUGAUCUGAUGCUGCUGCACCCCUGAUCUGAUGCUGCUGCACCCCUGAUCUGAUGAUGCUGGACCUUAGUCACUUACACACUUACACACACACACACACACACACACACACACACCAAAACAUACAUACUGAUAGUACAUUGUUCGGUCGUCGAUAAUAACAUGUUAACAGAGAGAGGAGACGAGGAGUGUUUGACAAAUAAACUUGCCACUUGUGAACAGUGUCCUGCUGCCCCGCCCCUGUCACCUGUGUGCCAAUGCAGAUCACCAUGCUGACCUGUCCCUGUCACCUGUGUGCCAAUGCAGAUCACCAUGCUGACCCGUCCCUGUCACCUGUGUGCCAAUGCAGAUCACCAUGCUGACCCUUCCCUGUCACCUGUGUGCCAAUGCAGAUCACCAUGCUGACCCGUCCCUGUCACCUGUGUGCCAAUGCAGAUCACCAUGCUGACCCGUCCCUGUCACCUGUGUGCCAAUGCAGAUCACCAUGCUGACCCGUCCACUCCACCCCCUAUAGCCCCUGAUAACCUGACUCUACCUACGACUCACUCACAGGGGGGCUGGGGGCAGAACAGAGUGGGUGUCAUUGUUACAGUAAGCAUCUCUCUGCCAACCAACCGUUCUUACCCUAACAAUACACUAUGAUUUAAAAAAAGUCCAAGCCUCCAUGUCAAGCUGGAAGAUAUGAUUUGUGCCCAUCACCAUGUUUUUAUUUGUGAAUAAUAGUUUUUAAAUGUUCUGAUUGUUAAUGAAAGUAGCCACUGGAUGUAUGGACUGUGCCUCUCUCAGGGCUGUAGUUGGUAACGUACACACAGCCGUGAGGGGAGCCUCCCUGUCUGCCUGUAGGGCCCCUGCUAGGGGGUUGGGGUGUGGACAUCCAGGGAUGCACUUUAAUGGUCAGAAUGUUGUAGGGGUUUUGUUUUUAAAAGGGGUUUGUUAGGUCAGAAUGUUUUAGUGUGUUGAGUUCACAGCUCAAGGAACCAUACCCAUUGCCUCUCUGAAGGGUCCUUUGCAGAUCAAAACGUUGUUUACAUCCAAACCCUUGUUUUUGUAUCCUCAUACUUAUCUGAAGCACUUUUAAAUUGUAGUGUUAAGUUCCAUGAAAUGCAACCUUGAUCAAUUGACUAGUUUGUUUUAAUGUCCGGGUGGGCGUGGCAGUAGUAAAGAGACUCGUUAAUACGAUCCUGUUAUUAUAUGUGUUCCUUUAGAGGAUUCAGGGCUCACUUUAUAACCCCAUGGAAAACCCAACCAUUAAUAUUGGUUUCAUAUUCCUUUUAGCCAUGUUCUAAAUAGUUCUGAGCAUGCAGGUUUGAAUAGCCUGGAGUUUCCCCUCUUUUUAGGACUGCUGUUGCUUUACUGAUGUUUUGACUAAGGAAGCCACCUGGUUUGAGUGGUAGUGUUUAGGAAAGUGAGUUUGAGCCAGGGUCAGUUAAUCAGACCUUUUAGGAUCCAGGAGAGGAAUGCUCUUGGUUGAGAUGUCAGAUCCACUCCAUAAGUUAGGGGUUGAUGAUUCAAUUGGCCACAUUGAAGAUUGAUUAUGGGAAUGAUUGACAGUAACAUCAGACAGUAGCAUGACAAGGGUGAGGUUAGUCAUACUGGGGGUGGCAGGUAGCCUCGAGCUGACAAGGUAAAAAUCUGUCGUUCUGCCCAUGAACAAGGCAGUUAACCCACUGUUCCUAGGCUGUCAUUAAAAAUAAGAAUUUGUUCUUAAAUAAAUGAAGGUAAAAAAUAUCAAAAUACCAGGCCAGGCCUCUACACGUACUGUGUCUGUUCCACUGUGCUAUCUGGUGGCCAUGGAAACCACUGCCCUAUUGCAAAAUGAUAGGUUGCUGGAUAUGUUGCUGUGGGUAUCUAGCCAAUUGAGCUCUUUGUACUCAUCUAAUAUUAAGGACCUUAAACUGAGGCACAGUGUGCAUACAGAAAACACUGCCACUGCAAUUAACUACAGUACAGUAAUAACAGUAUAGUAUAUCCUAUAGAGAUGGAGCACGUGUGUCUGGACUCAUGCUCAGGAAUGUCAACAAAGCAAGAGUAACUACUGUAGCUCCAGUUGACUAUGGGGUUGGUGUUUAACUGUCCUCUCUCUUGUAGAAAACAAACAUGCAGUCAAUGUAAAGUAGUUGAAUGAAUACUCCUACUAUAUUCUGGAUUCUUCUAUCAGAUGAAUGUUGCCCCAUGAGAGGAGUGCCACUGGCAUCUUCUGGGGAUGAUGGAGGAUUGGCCAGGAGGCAUGGCUGCACUCGAUGUCAGCCAUCUUGGAUGUUGCUCAUGCUGCCAGUUCAGAACAGAUCAGUCAAAGCUAUUGGUUGUAAUGAGGGUCAACUAAUGAAUACUUGGGAUCACUCUCUGGUACUUAUCUUUGGGGUUUUCCUGCUGUGGGAGGCAGUUAUCUCUGAUUGAUGGACUAACGCUGCAGUGACUCCUCACCCAGUCCAGGGCAGUGCAGUACAGUAUUACCAGACGCACAAAAGAUCAGAUGGGAGAUGGAUAGGAAAACAAACUGUCCCAGUAGAAUGUGUCUUUGGCUCAGAGGACCUACAUGGCUGCAUCACUUCAUUUUCUACACAACUCUGACAGAUCUGCUGGGAAAUGGGAGAGAAAAACAAGAGAUUCUACUAUAGUGAAAUGGUUGUUUAUUUGUAUGUUAGGGGGUCUAACACUUUGCCCUUUAGUCAAUGGUAGAAAACAUUUUUUGUGUGUAUUUCAAUGAUUGAAAGUCAAUUUUUACAAUUUUGUGAAUGGUUUAAGGCCACUUCAGUUUAGUGCAUGAUUUAAGAACACACCAAGGGAGAAGGUUCAACCAUUUUCAUUAUUUUAAAACAUGAAAUUAGUGUGAGAACAAUGAAAGUGAAAUACAGUAGCUUAAAACAAGUGAAAGAUGAAGAACUGUGCAUCUACAGCAAACCAUGGAAUUUGUCUGACUGAUAAUGGUGUAAUGAAGAUGAAGGCCUUAUGUGAUCUGUAUCAUAGUUAAUAAAUUAAAUAUCGUAAAAUUG